GGGAGUGCUGCAGCUGCCGGCCCGAACACAAAACGACGCGAUUUAGGGUCACGAGGCUGGGGCACCUGGUUAUAAAAGGAGAGGGUUGCAUCAGUGGUCGGUGAGAAGCGUUUCGUUGAAAUGGGGAUAUCGCAGAUGGGUCUGUUGCGGAGCAGCUGCUCAGCGCUGUGUCACGGCCCCCGGACUGCUUCCGUGCUCCGACCCUCCGCUGUCCUCACUCGCCAGAUAAGCAUGGACACACAAAAUCUUGUGGCUCGGCUGAAUAGUUCAGGUCUACUUCGGAGCCAGUGCCUUAUUGGAGGAAAAUGGACUGAAGCUUAUGAUGGGAAGACCAUACCGGUCCACAACCCUGCUACUGGUGAUGUUUUAGUAAAUGUUCCAUGCAUGGGAGGGCAGGAGACGAAUGAUGCGAUAUCUGUAGCUUAUGAGGCAUUCCUUUCUUGGAGCAAACUUACUGCUGCUGAAAGGAGCAAACGUCUGCGGAAAUGGUAUGAUUUGCUAAUUGCCAAUAAAGAAGAGCUUGGUCAAAUCAUAACACUAGAGCAAGGAAAACCCCUAAAAGAAGCCAUUGGUGAGGUUAACUAUGGGGCUGCCUUUAUUGAGUUCUCUGCAGAGGAGGCAAAACGUAUAUAUGGUGAUAUAAUUCCAUCACCACUAGCUGAUCGUCGGCUGCUUGUUUUAAAGCAGCCUGUAGGUGUUGUUGGUGCAAUUACUCCUUGGAACUUUCCAUUGGCUAUGAUCACACGGAAGGUUGGUCCUGCCCUUGCUUGUGGCUGCACAGUGGUUAUAAAACCUUCUGAACUUACACCAUUGACAGCCUUAGCAGCAGCUGAGCUUGCCCUUCAAGCUGGAAUACCACCGGGUGCUGUGAAUGUGGUCUUUGGAAAUGCUCCUGAAAUUGGGGAUGCUUUACUUGCAAGUCGGCAGGUAAGGAAGAUCACAUUUACAGGCUCAACAGCUGUCGGAAAGAAGUUGAUGGCUGGUGCAGCUCAGACUGUUAAAAAGGUAUCUCUGGAACUUGGUGGUAAUGCACCUUGCAUAAUCUUUGACGAUGCAGACCUGGAGGUGGCAGUAAAAGGGGCUCUUGGUACAAAGUUCCGUAACAGUGGACAAACAUGUGUUUGUGCAAAUAGAAUACUUGUGCAGGAAGGUAUUUAUGAGAAAUUUGCAAUUGCUUUUUCACAAGCUGUCCAGAGUAUGCAAGUUGGUGAAGGUUUUACUGAAGGUGUGGUCCAGGGUCCACUGAUUAAUGAGGCUGCAGUGCAGAAGGUUGAAUCAUUUGUUAAAGAUGCUGUCUCAAAGGGAGCAAAAGUCCUUCUUGGGGGUAAAAGACACAGUCUAGGAAUGACCUUCUAUGAGCCAACGGUAAUUGGUGACAUCAAGAAUGAUAUGCUUAUUGCGAGGAAUGAAGUGUUUGGACCUGUUGCACCCCUCUUGCGCUUUAAAACCGAGGAGGAAGCUAUCCGCAUUGCAAAUGACACCAAUGCUGGUUUAGCUGCUUAUGUAUUCACUGAAAACGUGCAACGUAUGUGGCGUGUCACUGAAGCCCUUGAAUAUGGACUGGUUGGUGUCAAUGAAGGAUUGGUUUCAACAGAGGUGGCUCCAUUUGGAGGAGUCAAGGAGUCUGGUCUUGGUAGGGAAGGUUCCAAAUAUGGGAUGGAUGAAUUUCUGGAAAUGAAAUAUGUGUGCUUCGGAAAUAUAAGCAGUAACUGAUGGGGCCAAGGUCAUCACUUGGGCGGGAGAGUGAGGAAUAAGCGGCUGGUAGUUCCUUCUUGUGUUUGUGUGUUUAAAUAAAGUGCAGACUUGCACCUGAAUGUUUCCCUUUUUUGUUGUACUCCUUGUUCUUUUAAUGCUUCUCUUUGUUGUAGAGGCUUAUGCUUGGAUUUUUGUUUUCUGCUGAUUGGUUAUCCUGCUUAUUUGUUGUUCCGGGGUUGCGUUGUGGCUAUAUGCACUUGCGCAUAUCCAUCAACACCUGAACUUGAAACCUAAAUGUUUUUGUA